GUUUGAACGUUUUUUAUAGCCGUAGUUUCUAUAAUUUCCCGUUCUUUACUUAAUAUAUUUUAAUAAAAAGUACAUAUAAUCACGUAAUACGUAUAAUAUAUAAAUAAAAACACUUAUAUCAUGCACAGAUUUACUUUGUGUAUGUGUAGAAUAUUCGUUUCGUCGAAAACGGUGUAAACUCGGGUAUGCUGUUAUAUUAACGGUCCAUCGUGUUGAAAUAUAAUUAGUUUUUGAGACGGUAUAGUAUGAUUUAAUAUAAAAACGCUGCAGUGUCCGGGAUUGCCGAAUAAAAUAUAAUAAAGGUCGUGUUUUACUUUACAACGGUUUAUCGGCAAUAGUGUGGCUGUAAUAAGACUAUAGGAAAAUGGAGAGCGAUGAUGAUUAUUAUACCGUGUCGGAGUGUUUAAGCUCAAAAGUUUCUUCAUAUGGAUCGUGUACACCUAUAGCGUCUGAUCAAGAAGAAGAAUACGAUACGGAUACCAUCGUCCGAGAAGUGUUGCAGACACGAAAGUUAAUGCUUUCGCCUGUUCGAGGAUGUGUGGAAACUAGCGAAUAUAUUUAUAAAGAUACGCCAAUACUGCGAACUGAAAAACAAGCUAAAUGUCGUGAUGUGCUGGAAUUAAAAGUUCUCGAACUAUGCCCGGAACUUACGUUGCUCGGAGAGACGUUGGAAGAGGCUUCAAGUUUGCAGGCCGAACACGAGAGAGUAUUGGAAAAAAUACAGGAAAAGCAGAGUCCCGUCAACGAGUUAUUGAAGAAAGCCGAUCAUUUAAUAGCUACACAGAACACGCAGCCCGAAGUAUAUGCCGCCAUGGCCGAUUCUCUGGGAUUAGCAUGGAAAGACGUAAACGAUAUACUUCAAAAGAGGAGUUACUUGUUGCACCUAAAUGUCGAAUAUCACCGACAAGCCGAAGUAUGUAUGGAACGAAUCAGAACGCUGGAAAUGCUCUGCCAUAGUUACCUGCCGACCGACGUCGAAUCGAUCAAAAAUCAUCUAGAGCAUAUCCAAGAAGUUCGCAAGUCCAUACUGGAAGCACUUAUGGUUGCUUUGGGCAAUGGUACUCAGCUACUGGACGUUUUGAAAGAAAUGCAAGCCAAAGGAACCCUGGAUUCAAGACCGGGAUAUAACUAUCAUUCUAUUUCACUAGCCGUGUCUCAAGUAGAACAUUGGUUGGAAAAACUUCACGAUAAACGUCAUUCGUUGGACAUCGACUGUCAUGAACGUAAGACAAUGUUGGAAAAACGACUGACAAUAUCUUUACUAGUCACUGAUUUAAAUUUACUUGAAAACAUACUAUCUGAAAGAAAAAACUCUCUUGAAAAAGUUAAAAACUGUCUUGGUGAUUCCCAGUACGAAUGUUCUAAAUUUACGGAAGUCAACUCUAAUUUGAUAACCGAGGCAAAAGAUAUAAGAGACCAAGCGCUGAGAGUAGCGAAAGCUACCGAGCAGUUGGUGUUAACUAAAGGUUACAUGGAAGAAGAUUAUAAAUGCAAAGCGUAUAAACUAUUAGAAUUAGCGACUGAAUACUUGGAAGAACUAAACAGGAGAGAAAAUCUUUUAGAUGCCGCUAUGAAAUUCUUCGAGACCGCCGAUAAAGUCCUCCGCGCAUGGGAAACCAUACUUCAGCAUUCAUCCGAUGAACAAUUGGCAUCAAAGAACACGUACGUUACAGAGACGGUAAAGCGAACCGGCGCCUCAGUAAUUCAAGAAGGAAAUUUAAUAUUAAAAGAUUUACCAGAGGCAGAGGGCGUUAAACGGGUUGUAGACGAGUUAGAAAGGAAAAAACAGUUAAUACUAUCGAUUGUUAUGAAAGACCGUGAAAAAUAUAUGGAAUCUUCAGAAGCAGUUAACACAUUCUCAGAGAAUUAUAAUAAUAUAUUUUCAUGGCUAGUAAGUUUAGCUGAAUCAUUUUUACACGAACAUAAUUCUAUGGGUACAAAUCUCACGGAAGCACGAGAAUUUUUAAUAUCCCAUAAAACUCUACAAAGAGACCUUAGGUCUCGAGGGAUCGACAUUAAUGCAUUGGUAAAUUCAACAAGUUUGCCACCGUUAACGUAUAUCGAUGCUGAAACAAGGGUGGAUCUGGAAAGUAAAUCGGUCGUGUUAAAAGACCAUUGGGCAUAUUUGGAUAGAAUAUUGGACUGGCGGAUACAAUUGUCCGAGUUAUAUGUCAAAUUUUUCACGUCGUGUGAACAUUUGAACAUCGAAUUUUCAAACUUGGACUCUGUCAUCGCAGAUCAUGUUGACGUGUCUGAUCAAAGAUUAGAUUCUGCGCACAAGUAUUGGACAAAUAUUUUACAAUUAUAUAUCCAACUUAAGAACACGGGAGAAAAGUUUUUGCAUCAAAGUGCAAAAUCGGAGGACGCUCAUCUGGAACUAGACGUAGCGCGAGACCGCGUGCGAUCGUUACUGGACACGUUCGUGGACAGGAAAACGAGAACUACUUCCGUCUGGGAGACUUGGCAGCGGGCGUCAGCUGAAAACAAACUGGACAAAGUGCUCUGGUCGGAAACAAUGUGCGAGAGCAGUAAGACAGUAGAUUGGGUUUCCAAAUUGGAAUCUCAAUUAUAUCCAGUGUUGAAAUCUGAACCGUCAUCAAUAGAUCGACAUAUUUCAGAGGUUAAACAGAAGUUAAAUAAUGUAUUACCGGAAGUUCAAAGGGCUCAAGACGAUAUCGAGUCCAGAAUAAAAACAGCCGAAGAACUUAUUGGAAAAGGAAAUAUUCAAGGUGACAAUAUUUCUAUUCCUCCAAGGUUAAAAGAACUUCAUAGUCGACUUGUUGGAAUCACUACAGAGUAUCAGAAUCUUUUAGAUAUGUUCUUAUCAUUUUUCAAUUCUUUACAAGAAUUUCACAAUACAGUCAAAGAAUCUGAAAGAGGAAGGCCUGCUGAUAUUUUCAAUCAUAAAUUGAACGAAGUCGAAGAACUCCUUAAGAAACACAACCAAUCUAGACAAGCAGUUUUAGAUAGUUUUAAAACUGUUUAUGCCGAAAACAUUCGUUUAAUGGAUAAAAUUAAGCAACAGGAACCUCAAAAAUCUGGAGAGCAAGAUAUGUAUGUCGUUCGUUAUUUGAUGGAAAACGAAAGAAACCUUUGGGAUCAAUCAUGUGAAAUUUAUUGUCAAAAAAUCGAACAACAGCAACAAUUAAGUCAGUUUGACAAUGAUCUCAUUCAGAUCAACAACAAUUUGAACGAUCUUUCGCAACAACUUUCAUCUACACGAGGGCAAUAUGGUGCAAAUUUAGCAUCUGCCAAAUCAGCUUCACUUGCUUUUCAUUAUUUCGAAAAAACUAUUUUACUUUUAGAACAACGAAUUGAAACAUUCAUUAAUGCUGCAAACUCAUUGAUGAAUUUCGAACAUAAUAAGUCAGAACACAUCCGAGAUGAAUUGAAUAAAUUGAAGUCUAGAUGGGAUACUUUCCAAGCACAAGUGUUAGAAAGUCGAAAGCAUAUUGAUCUGUGUGUUCAAUAUUUUACGUUAAUUAAUGAAGCACAAGAUUGGUUCCACGAAGGAAGUAUUCUUCUUAUGAAUAUUGCUCGAAAAUCAACCGAAGUCAAAACAAGUGAAGAAGCUUCGGCAUUAUUAAAAGAAAUUGAAAUAUUUUUAAAACCUGGUGAUAUAAGACAAGACGAGAGAUUAAAUCAAAUACAUGAACUUAGUAUUCAACUUUUUGGAGAACAUGCAAUUGCUGAAGUGCCUCAAGUUGUUACGGAAAAUAAAGAACUCCUUGAUUCAUUCUCUAUGAUUGCAAAAGAGUUAAAGUCUUUUGACGAUAAGCUUAAAUCUAAAGAAAAAUAUGAAAUUAAUAGUGAAGUAAAUCAAAUAAUUACUAAUACUUACGAAGAAAUAAUGACAUCCACCUCAAUAACUAAUGGCGUGUCACUAAAUGAAGAUAAUAUCCCAUCGUCAAAGAAAAUAAAACUUGAAGAAAUCAUUAAACCUAAACCUUCAAUAGUUGUACCAUUACAAGAUAACACGGUUGAUGAAGGGAAAAAAUUUACAUUUGAAUGCAGCAUUGAAGGCGAACCUUCAAAAGUAACUUGGUUCAAAGACAAUAUUUCCAUCGAUAAUAAUCCAGACUAUCAGACAUCUAAAAUUGGUAAUCGAUAUAUACUGACAAUCGAAGAAACGUUUGUAGAAGAUUCGGCGAAAUUUACAUGUCGGGCCGAAAAUGAUUCUGAUGUUAUUGAAACAAGUGCAUAUCUAUCAGUUAAAGAAUGUGCACCUGAACACCAAAUUAGUCCAUCUGUAUUUACAAAAUUGCUAUCAGAUUUGCUAGUAAAAGAAGGUGAUGCUUGUUCGUUUUCUUGCAAGGCAGAAGGUAAUCCUCUCCCAACAGUGCAGUGGUAUAAAGAUGACAUUUGUAUAGAUAAUAGCCCUCAAUACCAAAUUACAUAUAAUAAUGGCGAAGCGCUGUUAAAAAUUGAACACACCAAUUCGUCUACCCACGGUGGAAAAUAUACUUGUGUUGCCACUAACAGACUUGGUUCAGAUUCAACUACCUCUAUGUUAUUGAUUGACGCUCUGGAAAAGUCUGAAGAUGGACCGACGUUUAUUGUGCCUCUAUCUAACGUAAUGGCUAGAGCCGGUCAAAAGUUGAAAUUGGAAUGUGAAGUUGAAACGAAUAAGCCACCGGUAUUGAUUUGGUUUCACAAUGGGAAAGUCAUGAAAGAAAUAAAAGAUUUCAAGGUUUCUGAAAAUCGUGGAAAAAUUAAUUUAAUUAUUCCGGAAGCCUAUCCUAAAGAUGCAGGCACUUAUAGUUUAACCAUCAAAACGGAACACGGUGAAGCGACCAGUAGUUGUCAAGUAUCGGUGAAAGGUAUACUACCAAAUGAAACUUCCGAUUCGGAAAUUGCAAGUGACUUGGAACCGAUUAAACCGUCAAUACCGUUGCGUUUAAAAGAACAAACCGUUUUGGAAGGCGGAAGUGUUCAUUUAAAAUGCGUAAUUAUUGGACAGCCUGAACCCGAGGUUAUAUGGUAUCACGAUGGAAGACCCGUUAAAGAAUCCAAAGACAUUCAGCUUUUAUUCCAAGGCGAUCAGUGUUCACUUAUAAUCAAAGAGGCUUUUGUCGAAGACGCGGGGGAAUACAAAGUAGUGGCUAUUAACUCGGCCGGAGAAGCCAACAGCACAUGCGUAUUAAGUGUUGAGCCAAAAUCAGUAGCUGAUAUAGACGAACAUGUGGUCUCGCCGAAGUUCACCAAGCUACUAUCGGACGUAUUGGUGAGGGAAGGUGAUUCUAUUACUUUAGAAUGUAAUGCCGACGGCUGUCCGAAACCCGAUUUUAAAUGGAUUAGGAAUACUGUGGAAAUCAAACCCGACCAAAGGAUAACAUUGAGUACGGACGAAGAUGGUACGGCGACACUUCACAUACAUAAUGCUCUACCGGUUGACAAAGGACAGUAUACCGUGAUAGCAGUGAACAAAGCCGGAGAAGCCAAGUGUUUUUCGCACGUAAUCGUAAAAGCUAUUUCGACGUUUGAGUCGGCAGUCAAGCCCUCGACGGACAAAGUCCAUUUCGAAGAGAAGUUGGAAACACCGUUAUUUACCGAAACGUUUUCGCCAAACGUGAACGUAGUCCCUGGCGAAAGUGUGAAAUUCGAAUGUAUCGUUGUUGGCAAACCCGCUCCAAAGGUCCGCUGGCUUUUCAACGAGAAGCCGGUAAGUGGAAAAUCGUUCUUAGUGUCUACCAGUGGCGAUCGUCAGGUACUCACCAUUCCCGAAGUGAACACAGAACACGACGGAAUAGUCGAGUGCGUGGCCGAGAACGAAGCAGGCAAAUGCAGAUGCGUGUCUUCGCUUAAAAUAAAAGAAAGUGAAGCUGUUCCAUUAACCAUGGCCUACAACGGCGGCGGUGAUUUAAAACAUACGGUUUCCGAAGUUUAUGAAUCCAGUUCGAAAUUCGAGUCGAAACAAUCAACGUUCAUGUCGUCGUCGUCGUCGUCGAUCAGUGGCGACAAUGCUUCUAAAUUUAAAUUAGAUUCUUUCAGUUUACAGUCGGAAAAACAAAGCAGACAGUUUGGAGACAACGCUCCAGUACAGUCCGAAUCGUUACGAACAGAAGAGUACCAUAACACGGACGGGCAGGAAAGUCAACAUGUGAGUGAUCUGAGUUCCACCAAUAUAUCCGAAGAACAUCAAACUUCAUUUUUCGAACGAGGCCUAUACAAUCAAGGUGGGCUCGUUAAGGACACCUCACAAAAAUCGUUGCUUGAAAGAAAUAUUUCGAAACAUACCAGGAGAGAAACGGCACCACGUUUCGUGUCGGCUCCACAAGGAAAAAUCGCUGAACAGGGAAGAGACGUUUUUUUGGACGCAAUAAUAGACAGCUAUCCGCAAUCCGACAUCACGUGGAGCAAGAACGGUAUCGAGUUGAUUUCCGAUGGUGUCAAAUUAAUAAUAACCAACGAAGUCAACAAAACUCGGUUGGACAUUAAACGUCUGACCGUAGAAGACAGUGGCCAAUAUACGUGCAAAGCUAUGAACGCUGCUGGAGGCACAAGCUGUACAACAGACGUCAUCGUCAAAAAAAACGUAUUUCCACCCGUCAUGUGCCGAAGACUCUUACCGAACACUGUUGCUGAAGGCGAAAGAGUAGUUUUAGAAAUUGAAGUGGCCGGUACGCCUGAACCAACAGUGAGUUGGUUCAAAAAUAAUCAACCAUUAUCAGCCACGUCGAAUUUGCACAGAUUAAGACAACAGGGGAAUUGCAGUGCCGUAGUUAUUGAAAAAGCUACUACGGAACACGCUGGAGAGUACAAAGUCGUGGCAAAAAACGAAGGCGGAGAGGCGGUAAGUUGUGCAGAUUUGAGAGUGGUUCAGCCUUUACCUGAUAUCGGAUUAAAUUUGUUACCCACAUAUGCAUCGAAUGACAACACAGAUAAAGUGAAUGUGGAUUACUACAAAAGUAUUGUACCGAUGAAUCAAUCUAAACAGUUGAAUAUUAUUAGCAAAACACAAGAAAACUCGCAUUUUUCUAAAUCUGUCUUUGUUCAAGAAUCAAUAAACAAUACUAAGGAUGUAGUUAUGACUGUUAACCGUUCCGAAACAAAUGAUUUUGAUUUAAAUUCGAAUAAUACAAACGCUAAUUAUGAAACUACUGAAAAACAGAUAUCGGUUCAAAAUGAAAAUAUCGAAAAUGGAUCGAUAACGAAAAAAAGUGCACUUCAGUUCUUUAAAAAUGUUAUCGAAGAUAAUAAAGUUGAAAAAUCCAGUAAUUCAACUGUUGCGUCCUCGACAGGAACAUACAAAAGAGAAAGCCCCGUAGACAAGUUCAAUAAUAAUUCAAAUAAUUUUGCAUCUGUUAAGUCGUAUAAUAAUGAAGAAAACGUUUCAAAUAGCUCGUUUAAACAGUCAAACGACGCGGAAGUCAUUUUAGAACCAGGUCCACCACCCACUUUUGAUUACAUGCCAAGAGCACAAUCUGUAAAAAAAGAUCAAAUGACUGAACGGUUGAGAAGACUAUCAACAAAUCAAAAAUUAUUAUCACCCGAACAAAUUCCGUCUGGUGCUGUUAGAAUAUUUCCUGAUGUAAAUUCUGAGAUAAAACAAGAAGUUUUUGAAGAAACAUGUGUAAAAAAAGAAGUAAUAAAAUCUGGGUUAUCUGAUAACACUACAACACACACACAUUUAGCUACAUCCCAAGCUCCUCUACCACACAGUGAACCUCAUGUUCCACUGUUGAGACCUCAAGCUGACAUAAAUGUGCGGCCAGGUUCUCCGAGGCCUUCUGCCGAAGCUAUAUCUAUGGAAAAGCUUUGGACAAAAGCGCAUUCUUCACACGUUCAAAAAACUCCAGUGUCAUUUUCACCGGUUCAUAUGAAAACAUAUUCUUCAUCGGAAAGCCAAUCAUUUGUUUCAGAGACUAUAGAAAAAAAUGGUGAGCUGAUAAAAAAUGAAAGCAAAGAAGAGAAACAAGGUAGUCUAAAAAUAGACGAUGGUGUUAAAAAAGUUUCUGAAUCGUUUUCAGAAAUUUCAAUAGGUCCGACAAAACACGUCGAACCUCCCCGAAAUGAAAUCAAACGCCCAGCAUCGGCACAUUUGUUUAAUGAAGCAAUAUCUAAAGAUUCUUUCUUCGGUAAUAAAAUCCAAACACAACAUUUUUCUGAAGAAUCGUCGCAAAUUAAAACGAGUUCUAUGUAUGACGUAAAAUCCAAUAUUUCUGAAAAUAUAGAAAGAAACAGUUUCAAUGCACAAUCCGAACGUCAACUAAAAAGUAAUCAAUCAUUCGAUAGAAAUAUGCAAAAUACAUAUCAAUUUUUACCAGAGCGGUCAAUAGGGCCAAUAAAACAUGUGGAACCACCGAGCAACGAUAAAGUAAGUUCUAAUUUUACACGAUCACAUAGUGUAGAAACUGCCAGGGAAAAGCAAUGGGUGUCUCAAUCACCAGUAGCUUUUAGGGGACCACCUCAAAAUAAAACCUAUUCAUCGUUUGAAGCACAUUCAAGUUUUUCAAAAAGCUUAGAAAAAGACGGUGUGUUAGUAGCUUCCGAAUUUAAUGAAGAAGGCGGUCGAGUAGUGGACGAUGGCGUUCAAAAAGUAUACGAUUCGUUUUCAGAACGUUCAAAAUUACCAUCAAAGAUCGCCGAUCUUUCAAAAAAUACCAACAAAUCAAAUUCUAUAAAAACCAUGCAAAAAAUGUUCGAGCAGACUGGUUCGUCGUCAGCGGUGUCAAAUGUCGCUUCAAACAUAAGACCUUACAGUAGAAUUAAAUCCCGAGCAAGUGAUAGCGAUUUUGAGAGUGAAGCAGAAUUAUCAAAAUACAACGUAGAGCAAAAAGUUUCGGAGAGUUAUAAUAGUUUUGAAUCGAAAAUGUAUUCUUCGAAAACUCAAUUACAAGAAAUCAAAAGUACUUCGAUGAUUAUGCAAAGUCCAAUUAGGGAAAGUGGUUACGCGGCUGACACGGACGAACCUAGGGGCUUUCAGAGCGAAGCAGCAGCUAAUAAUCAAACGUUCAACUCCAAGAGGAAUUCGGGGUUUCAAAGCGCUUCAAUAAAGAAGGCUGAGUUUUCGGAAAACGAACGUCGUCAACCGCACCGGGCACAUCCUAUGCAGUGGGCGAACCAGUACAACCAACAUUGUCGGGCUCAGGUCCGGAGCCCCGCAAAAUUUGUCAGGGGCGAAUUCCGAGAGAGCGAUUACGAGAGCGACUACGAGUGCAGGAUACAACCAAUAUGGCGCCCGAACGACUCAGAAUCGGAGGAACCGGUAUACAAGCCGGUCAGACCUGGUUUCAAGACUCCUGUCAAAAAUGUCGAGGGGUCGCGACACUUGCAGCCAGUGAAAUCGGUGGCGGCGCCGGUGGAAGCUUUCGAAUUGAAACCAGGAUCGCCGCCCGAGAUGGGUUUCGCGCCGUCGCCGGACGUACACAGAUCUGUGAGCUUUGUCGAGUCCGAACGUAACGAAAGCGUGCAGAGGACCACACACUUCUUGUCGUCCGACGGUCGCGGUCACGGUCACGGGACGCUGGAGCGAAACGCCGAGGCGAAGCGGCUGCAAAGGGUAGAUGAAAUGAGGAAGAGAUUUGAACAAAAGUCACUGUGUCCGGCCGAAUCAGGUUCGGUGCAGCAGGCGGUCUCGUCACAGCUCACGCAAGGUACUAACCAAAUCGACUUGUCCCAAACCGGAAUUCCGUAUUUCAAACACGAUUUCGGAUAUGAGUUCGGUGUAGUGUAUCCCGUGAAUGCGAGAAACGGUAACACGGCUAACCCGACGGAUAGCGUCAACAUACCAGUGAUACACGAGUUUUCCAAAACCGUUCGGGCACAGACAUCCGAGAUGUCUCCUAACACGCGCCGAGAACAUUUUAAGACAAUAACAGAUGGAACCGUUAUUAGCCCCAUUUACCAAAAAGAACUGAACGUCACCGAACACUCGGAUCCAUCGCACAGUUCACCAUUUUUCGCAACCCCAUUAAAAGACAUAGCUGUAGUUAGCGGCAAGCCUGCCAGAUUCGAGUGCAUAGUGCAAGGCGAACCCGUCGGCGAAAUCGUGUGGUCGUGCAACGGCCAAGUGCUGGAAAACUCGGACUGUUACCAGACGCAAUACAGGAACGGCGUGUGCAGACUGACGAUACCCAGGACGUACCAAUUCAAUGCCGGAUCGUACUCGUGCACUGUGUCCAAUUACCUGGGGUCCAGCAGCACAUCGGCCGACCUCCGAGUGUCAGGUGAGUCUCGCACGUUCAUUCAACAUUAAAUUCAUGUAUGGGCUUGUACUUCUUUCUCUUCGAAUACAAAAAAUUACUUCCGGUUGGCGCGGUGGAGUUUUCGAGAUUCUUAUUUUAUUCUUUAAUAAUAAUAAUAAUAAUAAUUUAAUAUAUUAUAUAGUUUUUAACAUAAAUUACACAAUUUUGUUUGUAGAACGUUAAGACUUAUAUAAACGAUUCAGUUUUAAGAAAGUACAAUAUUGUUUAGACUUUAGAAUGUAUAGUGUUGUCUAACUACAAAACAUGUCAAACCUAUUUAUUAAUAUCAUUAACUUUGAUAUAUUAUACAUAUAUAUAUUAUAUUAA